UCCACUUGUCAGUGAGAAGUGAGCAGCUGUCACACUUGCGCUUGGGAACACCUGCUAAACGACACGUAUUCUUUAUUAUUUUUGACAGGAAAAAAAAACUUGAAGUGCACCUAGUCCCAGCUCCAGGUUCACCAAACCCAAGCAGCAUGGCUCGUGGACAUCAGAAGAUCCAGUCUCAGCAGAAAAAUGCUAAGAAGCAGGCAGAGAUGAAGAAGGCAAAGGGCCACGAUCAGAAGACGGCCGCCAAGGCAGCGCUGGUGUUCACCUGCAGCGUGUGCAAGUCCCAGAUGCCUGACCCAAAAACCUUCAAGCAGCACUUCGAGAGCAAGCAUCCGAAAUCCCCUCUGCCCCCCGAGUUGGAGGGAGUGGAGGCGUAACUCUGGAUACUAAACUCUUGGCAGCCCUGUAUCAACUCUGCACUCGUCUCAGUCUGACAGCAAUGGAUGAUUUAGCAUAUCCCAACCUGAAACCAGUACCUUUUUAAUUUGUAUUCUACCAGGCCAGGUUGCCUUUGACAUGAUGCCCCCUCCCUAUCGGCGCCCCAGCAUGUGUUCGAAAACAAGCAGUGCAGGACCCUGAAGUGGUUUUGAUAUCAGACCCACUGUAGACCUGUCACCUCUAAAGAAGGAAAACUGGUGAGAGAAGGCCCCCUGCUCCUCUGUUCCACACAGCUCCUCAGAGCAGAGUCACACCUCUGGUGUGCUCAUAGGAAUAUUUUUGUGCUUAGCUCCUGUACCUCUUUGCCAAACGUGGCGGAUUGUUCAAAUCAUGACAUGCCAGAGGAAGUAAACGCAGCAGACAUACAAAUCAUAGCUCUUAUCUUGGUGAGACAACUCUGACUUUUUAGUUUGCUGCAGUUAAAGCAGAGAAGUGACCUCAUCUGUUAAACGCGUGUUGAGUUAUUAAUUGUUAGGAAAUGAUGAGACGUUUGUCACUUUAGUGUAUUUCUUCGGCAGUGAAGUCCUACUGUACUACAAUCUUUAUGGGGCUAAUCCUAAUUUUCUUGGGUUGAUGAUGAUAAUGUGACGAUUUACAGGCCGUUCGUGAGCUGAUACACAAAUUGUAAGUGCAUCAAAUGUUUUGGGAGCUUGCCGGUGACAUUUGUGUGCUUGGAAAUGAAUGUCUGCUCCGAUGAUGUAAUAUACCAUUUUAUUAAAUUUUACUUUGUUGUA